CAACACCUGAAAUCCCUAGCAGAGCACACCUACCACUGAGGUCCCCACAAUGCCUGUUGUUGAACUACACAGAACAAACAUGGAGCCCAUCUUAAGUGAAAUAACAAAGGUGCCACUCACUAGACCGGUCCGAGCGCCUCCAGUGGGUGGUUUCACACUAACUCUGAUCUGAACGAAAACAACAACACUGCUGAAUCCUUCCCCAUAAAGGUGUCCUUCGCGUUAAACAGCACAGAUUAGAUUCCCGACUAAACAGAACCAUCAAUCCUCCCCUGCUGGCUAGCCGAUUUACUACAUAAAUACCGUCAAACCCCUAUCUAGGCAGAUCCAUAGCCACGUGCCCUGUGAUGCCUGGCACCGGUUUCGUGGAGGGAUGCGUCGGGACUUUCAUUCCUAUACAAUCAUUACACAUAGAUGGUGGGUCAGGAAUUUGUGUUAUUUUUUUCCCCCUUGGUUUUGCACUCCCCAGAUAUGUUAGCUUUUCUUAAAAAAAAAAAAACCGAAAGGCAUAGAUUGUAAGAUAGCAGUCGUCGGUUUUAAAUGCAUGUGAUUUUUCAGAAUGAUUGUUGGAUGGUAAUAUGCGGUGCUACAGACUUCUGUGUCUUUCUGCUCUGUAAAGUAAGGGUGUCCGUUCGAAUAUAUAUGCAUAUAGGCCUACAGGAUUGUAUGUAUUAACGCUAUCGCAUAAGUAAGCCUAAACGCCCGGUUAAACUCGCUCCUGCCGGCAACUGCGACUACAGCGUCCGCCUCUUUCUGGGCACGGCUCCCAAUAAAAUAGACUACCGCAAAUAGCCGACCCAUUAGCGAUGGCCGGUCUGUCUGUUAGGGUGAGCGCCUUCUCCCAUCAGGGAGGCAGGGAGUACAUGGAGGACGUCACUCAGGUACUGGUGGAGAGGGAGCUCGGGGGUCCGGACCGGCUCAUCCUGCCCUCCGCGGUACCGGGAUCGGCGGCAGCGGAAACCGAAACCGAAAGCAGGCAACAGGACGCGGCACAGGGCGGCAGCUAUGACCGGGGUUUCGCGGGGGUUUUCGCCGUUUUUGACGGCCAUGGGGGCGCGGAAGCCGCGCACUUCGCUCGGGACAGUCUGUGGGAUCAUAUUAAGAAGCAGCGUGGAUUUUGGUCCAGGGACAACGAGGAGGUGUCGGCGGCGAUUCGCAAAGGGUUCAUCGCCUGCCACCAUGCCAUGUGGAAGGAACUGCCUAAGUGGCCGAAGUCCCCGUUGGGUCUCUCCAGCACCUCCGGCACCACAGCCAGCAUGGUGCUGAUCCGAGACAGCCGCUUGUACGUGGCACACGUGGGUGACUCUGCCGUGGUUCUGGGGGUGCGGGAUCACCCCUCCCAGCGGACUCUACGGGCUGAGGAGAUCACUCAAGACCACAAGCCCGAUGCCCCUUCGGAGAGGCAGCGGAUCGAGGGCAUGGGCGGCAGUGUGAUGAUGAAGUCGGGCGUGAGCCGUGUGGUCUGGAAGCGGCCCAGACGGACACACAGCGGCCCAGUCAGGAGGGGUGUCGCCAUGGAUCACAUCCCUUUCCUCUCCGUGGCUAGAGCCCUAGGUGACCUGUGGAGCUAUGAUUUCUACAGAGGGGAGUUUCUGGUGUCUCCAGAGCCUGAUGUCAAGGUCAUGACCCUGGACCCCCGACAGCACCGAUACAUUAUCCUGGGCAGCGACGGGCUGUGGGACGUGGUUCCCCCGCAGGACGCCGUCACCCUCUGUCAGGCCCAUGAUGAGGCGCUGGCCCCGUUCGCUGUGGCAACAGCCCACCGCUUGGUGAGCCACGCCCUCCUCCGGUGGCGGAGACAAGGACUUCAUGCGGACAACACAAGUGCCAUUGUCAUAGUGCUGCUGCAGCCCAGCGAAGCCCAAAGACCCCUACACCGUGACGAGGAGCUGCUCACUCUGGCUAACCUCCCUGAACGUACCCUCAGCCCCCCCCUGACCCCCCUCCCCCCCAAGGUGAGCGGGCACGAGGGCAUCUGACACGCCAGGGGCAUCUUCCGAGGCUGGUCGCUCUUCCCGUCGUUUGAGUCCCAGGUGUCAUCGGUACGUGCUCCAUCCUGGCCAGACAGCAGCACAUUUCCACCUGUAGGUGGCGCUACGCUCUGUGGGCUCAGCCAGCUGCUAUGGAGAUCCUCAGGGGACAAUAUCAGCAGAAUGGGGCAGCGUUUCCCAGCUCCCUCUCUGCCUGGGCAGUGUUCCCAUGUUCAGUUGACUCUGAAAACCCUAUGGGAGGGAGGAGUUACUCCAAGGUGGUGGUGAGAUCUCCGCCCAUGGGAGUUUUACUUUCGCAAAAAUGUUCUGAGGGCAGAACAAAAAAUGAUUGGUUACCUCUCUGAACCAAUCACAUUGUAGAGGAGGUGGGUCCAAGUAAACGAAGGAGGCAGCAUCAACCAAUCACGUGUCUUGGCUCCGCCUCUUCCAGGUGCUUGCGUCUCUCUGAACCAAUCAUUUUUCGUUCUGCCCUAAGAACAUUUUUGUGUAAGUAAAACUCCGAAAGCAGGAUUUACAUCUCAGGUGAGCUUCAUAAAAGACUCCUAUCUAUGUUAUACAUAUUUUCCCUUUUAAAUUAUGGAGCAUUGUCAGGUCAGAUGAAGGCGAUCAGUGAGGUUGCCUGACAGCAUCCUGAGGCUGUGAAGAAUGUGCAGGUGAACAUACUGCUCCUCUUGUGGCCUGUCUGCAUGUGGACAGGACAGUGAUCACAGACAUGGCUGUUGUUCAGCAAAGGAGGUAACUGAUUCCAGAAGGUUUUUUAAAGACUAUUAUUUGCUGUCAUAAAGUAUCUGUGGGAUCAAUAAACAGCAGUUUGGUUUC